AUGCUUGAUUUUCCAGAAGAAUACGAUGAGUUCUGUAACAUUGGAGAGAAGCAUUCGACAUUCUUGUUCGCGUAUGCUGCUGAUUUCGACGUUGCCACUUUCAAACAAAUGAAACAAGUGGUUAUUCAAUCGGUUACAGCGAAUAGACAUAAUUAUACAAAGUUGGCAAUGGUCAGAUUUGAUGCAAGUGGUGCACAGGAGAAUAUUACAUACUUUGAUGAUAUUCAACCAUUCUCCUCUGCUCUUGACAACAACCCGCCGAAUCCAAAUGCUGCUGCAGGAGCGUCAAAUCCUUCUAAUGUGUUGCCAAUUAUAUCGAGUUUCCUCGCUGCAUCCGGUCGCCCUUUGGAGAGCUCAAUGGUUGUCCUUCUUCUCAACAGAUUCCCAGCGAAGAACAACGACUUGACAUCAGAUGAAUAUGAUACUAUAACCAACAACAAUGUGAAAAUAUUCCCUAUUAUUUCUGAUACUUCCUAUACAAAUCAGUAUUCGAUGGCAGCUAGAAGUUCUCAAGCCAUCACUUCAAUUGCAGCUAACAGUAACUCUCAUUUUGUUAUUGGAAAAGUUGGAAGCCCGUUGGUUCAGACAUUCAAAUAUCUGAUGAGCACCGCCUAUUUGGACAGUUUAGCAGUCACUAGAAGUUUUGUGGAUAACUAUGGCGUUGCUCAGAGUAACAUUGCAAAACUGAGAGUCCCACAUUCGGAAACCUCAAGUCUUGUGAACUUCAAGAUCACCGUUAGUGCACUGAAUUCGCAGAACACUUCCAUCAACACCAACGGUCUGCGUCUCACUUUCUACCGAUCCCCCUCUUCCCAACAAACAAUCAAUUUCGAGCCGGGAAGUCUCUUAAACACAAACUUCUACUAUGCAACAGUCCAAUUGAAACAAAGUGGAACUUAUCAGAUUCAAUACGAGUCAAUGUUCGAUUUGGGAACGAUUUCUAUGAUAAGAGUGUGGACUGAAAGUGCACUUUAUCAUUACGGAUCAUAUGCAUCGUUGGAAGAUCCAAUGGGAGGAAACACUCUUUCGAAAGUCGAUGAGUAUCAGGGAGCCGCGUUGAGAAUGAAGUUGAUGAAUGAUUGUUAUACAACUCAUGCGGCCUACGUCCUCUUCACCGACUGCUCCGGCGCCGUCUCUCCCAAAUACGACUCAUCUCAAACUAUCGAUAUCGACUAUAUAUUCGCAGAUGAGGGAAGUUUCCCUCACUAUCCAAUUGUUCCAUUCUUCUGUGACUCCACUCCGAAAAAUACGAAUAAUUGUGUAGCUGGAACACAGAGUAAAUACGAUAUUCAAUUUGUUUCCGGAGAGUUUACAGUCAUUCGAUCGUUCCAAUGUCGACCAGGAGUUGGACAGAUUAAUCCGAAAUGCAAGAAUGUGGACUCAAAUGGGAAUUACUAUUGUAACAGGGAUAAGCUUCCGUAUAUGAGAGGACCAACCGGACAAAUCCCUGACUGUCUUGGGCAUGGCCACGUGGAAUACGACUUUGCCUUCUCCGAGGCUUAUAUCUGUGUCUGUGAUGAUGGAUAUUCUGGAGACUCUUGUGAAAAACAUUGA